GCAUCCUUGAUCAUUUGGCGAAAAACCACACACGAAACUGAAAAAAACACAGGGAAUGGACGUCCGAGCGAUGGCGAGUGGACAGGAGCUCCAAGUACGAAGGCAUGGACCUGCGCCUGGAGGCGGACGGGGUGCUGGCCAUGCGGACCCCCUGCGGCGGCCACGUGGAGUUUUGGGCGCGCGCGCCGCCGGCCAGGGAGCAGGCUGUUGACGCGCCGGCGGCGAGCCCCGGUGCCGCAGAGCCGCCAGAAGCGGAGCCUCCACUUGCAGGGCUGCUGGCCGCAGGCACGCCGCCUGCUGGGCCACUGGCUGCUGCAGAAGGCGAGCCGCUGGCUGCAGAGGAGGCGGCUGCGCAGCCGCCGCGCGCUGCUGCAGAGCCGCCGGCAGCAGAGCUGCCGCCCGCCUGCCUGCCAAUCGCAGAGCCGCCGGCGCCAGCAGUGGAGCCGCUGCCCGCGGAGUUGCCGGCCGCAGAGUCGCUGGCGCCCGCCGCAGAGCCGCAGGCCUCAGGACUGCUGGCCGCGGAACCGCCGCCCGCCGGGCCAGGUGCUGCCGCAGAGGGGCCGCCUGCUGAGCUGUUGGCCGCUGAGCAGCUGGCUUCUGCCGAGCCGGUGGCCGUGGAGCUGCCACCUGCAGAGCCUGUGGAGCCGGCGGCUCCCAUGGGGUCAUUGGCGGCGGCGGGGCUGGAGCCCGUGGAGCCUGGCGCCGUGGAGCAGGCAGUUCCCUGGGGGCCGCCGGCCGCAGGGCUGCCGCCCGCAGGGCUGCCAGCAGCGCCCCUGCCAGCUCCCACAGAGCCAGCGGCCUCGGAAGCGCAGACCGUGGAGCCAGCGGCCGAUGAGGCCACGGGCGGGCCCCGAGAGCCGGCCGCGAGCGGCGGGGCGCCGGCGACGCCUGGCCCAUGCGGCGGCGAGGGGAGCGCGGCGGCGUCGGCUGUGGUGCCGGGCGCCGGCGCCCUGGAUGGGGCGUGGCGCCCCGCGAGGCACGGGGCCUGGUCGCGACCGCACCAGGCGGGUCACGGACUCACCCAGCUCACCCUCUGCGCGGGCAGCGGGACCCUGUACUACGGGCCCGAAGGAGAGACCGGCGUCGUCAGCCUGAUUCGGGAGAGCGGCGGCCGCUGGAGCACGAGCGUGUCGCUGGCUUCGGGAGCCGUGAGGUCUCACUUCGAGAACGUGGACCUGCGCCUGGACGUCGACGGCACCCUUAUCAUGCAGACGAGGUGUGGCCUGCACUCCGAGUUCUGGGCUCGUGAGUAGUGCUCGCGCAAGCGAGUGCCCUCUGCGGGUUGGCAUUGCUUUCGUUUUUCCGCCCCGUCCCCUUCGAUCAUCU